GCUUUUUGUCGCCCCUGCCGACGGCAGAGGCGCUACGGCUGCGGAAACUGAGGCAGCGGCAUCACAGUUUAGGCCUCAAGCCUGACUCAGUAAGCGAGGGAGAGAAAGGCGAGAUUGAAAUCGAGUUUUGUGCUUCAGCUGCAUCUCGGCCUGGCUGAAUCAGUGCUGCGCUGCCCUUUUGAGAUACGCAGGAUGCCUACCAACAUGUGGCCGUAUACUGAAUGUGUAAAUGCACGUCGAUGGACCUUGAUCGUCCGACCGAACCGUCCCGCGUGCGCUUACACGAAACUUUGCGCAGCCUCAUCCUGCUGCCAAUUGGCACUUGUCAAUUGCAUCUGCUGCAUCAAAUUCGAAUUCAGCAUCAGAUCAGAUCCGUUCAGCAACCCGGCACAACUGCAACGCCGUCGGCGCAUGUACUCACUGCUAGUAGUACUGCCAAACAGGCCCCAAUACGCUUCACGCUACAGCGGCAAUACGGCCCUGGAGACCAGCGCGUCGCAGCCACACAAGGCCCGGCUCCACCCCCAGCGAGCGCCCUCUGAGCUCUUGGAGCGCUUCCCCCAGCGGGCCUCGUUAGCGCAAGCCCCGGCCACAGCCAUUGAGCACAGCGCAGCGACCGGUCCAGCACACAGUGUCCAUUGCGCUGAGCCAGUGGCGCACGCCCCCUCCGCCCAACGACCAACCUGCUGUAAAGCGGGCUCCAGCCGCUCUCCUGGUGCCCUCGUCCAGCGCUGGUACCCCGUACCUCGCGGCCGCGCCGGCUCGCACGCUGCUGACAGAAACAAGCAAUCAGGCAAAGGAACAAACGACUCCAACAAAAAAAAGAGCGCUCCAACCUCAGCCUUGUAUGGUGCGCCCCCUCAGUGCUCCGACGACUCCGAGCCUCUGCAACGCUCUGGAAAUAGAGAGCCCGACCACCGUCGCACGAUCCAUGCUGUCUGUGUCUCGGCACGUGUAAAUAACAAACGAAAAGGCCUCGAGUCUAUCGCUGCCGCCGGCCAUCGCUCUUCGUUCUGCAACAAAUCACCAGCCAUGGCUGUCAUUGACCAGGUCCUUGGCGAAGUUGCCCACAUUGUCGUGAGAGCGGCGACGACGACGACACAAUCCGCGACGACCACGUCGUCAGACGUCACCAGCCCGCAGACGGCCAUUCCCUCCAACACGAACAACUCCAACAACAACAACAAGAGCAGCGGUUCCAGCUCGCCGCUCCUCUUCUUCGUCGCCUUGGGCUUUGGCGUAGUCUUCACAAACCUGUGGAUCAUCGUUGGCGUCAAGUACUGCUUUAGGUACAACGCUCGCAACCGGGCUCGAAACAUGACCAACGAAGAUGGUGAACCCAUCCACAUGGAAAACAUGCCCCGACCUCACCGAAGAAGGCGUGAGAAGAAGCUCAUGACCAUGGACGAGGUCAACGACAAGUUCCCCAUGAUGAAGUACAAGACCUGGGUUUCGGAGCGCGCUCGAGAUGGACUGCCUACCGCCGGAGGUGUUGGCACGCCUAGUCGACCGAACAGCAUUCACCAGGUAGACCUCGCAGUCCCAGAGAUUGCCAAGAAGGAGCGCACAUCAACCGAGGUCCGCGCAGUCGACGAUGUCGCGUCGCCCGUCGCAUCGCCGACCACCGAAGCCGAGCCAGUCAUUGUUGACACCACUGCCAAGGAAGACGACAACAAGAAGGAUAGCAAAGACAAGAAAGAUGCAACUACCACCGUCGGCGAAACCGCUGAGGAGGACGGACCCGUGAUGCCGCAUGAGCACUUGAAGCGAACGUCUAGCGAGGAGGAAGACGACGAAGAUGACGAAGAAGACGAUGAGCACAUCACAGCUGCCCUGCCACCGGAACUCCUCAACACAUCCGGCGAUACCUGCGCCAUCUGUAUCGACACGCUCGAGGACGACGACGAUGUCCGCGGCUUGACAUGCGGCCACACCUUCCAUGCCGUCUGCGUCGAUCCCUGGUUGACAAGCCGUCGCGCAUGCUGCCCGCUGUGCAAGGCCGACUACUACGUCCCGAAGCCCAGACCCAAUCCAGAGAAUGAGCCUAGUAACGCCAACAAUGCCAACCUGGACCCGCGUCAGAACUCUCGCAUGAAUUUGCCUGCCAGUCUGACAGCGGCCUUCUUCCGAUCCUCGGGUGGCCGCUCUCGCAACAGCCGCAACCGCAACAGCAACGGCAACCGCAGCAGUAACCGCAAUGGCAACAGCAAUAAUAGCCGUAGCAAUAACAACAACUCGAGCACCCGGCCUUCCGUGUUUCAGUUCCCAAUCCGGAGAAGGGCUCAGACUACGGCGAUAGAGUCUAGAAUAGCACAUCAACAAAGCCAGAUCUCUGAGACCGCUCAGCCAGCUGCUCAGGGCACUUUACUUGCCUCUGUUCGACACGCUUUCCGCUUCGGACGGUCGACCGAGGCCUCAACAACAAAUGCGGCACCGGCAGUGACUCCGUCGCAGCUUGAGGCCGGCACGCAGCCGCCAGCCACCUCUACGUAAAGAGGCUUGCUGUGCCUUUGUCUUUGGCGUUUGUUCUUUUUUGGGAGGUUUUCUUUAACCUGGUUUAUCUGUUUUGGUCCGAUUCAUCUAUUUUUGGGGCCUGUUUCUCUCAAGGCAGCGAUGGUAUUCUCUCUUUAUCAGCAUAUGUGUUGAACACACCCGUCACGAAAGACUUACAUAGUCACAUACACCACCACCUCGGAAUUUAUCCGCAUUAUGAAAGUAUCUCUGGAGCUUCACGCCUCCUUUCUCUAUCCGUUGUCAUCCAUUCAAACGAUAAAGCCACACAUUCCACCGCUCAAAGGGAACUGUCAAAGUAUAUAUGAGCUCUUUGAAUGGAGAAACAACAAAGGUAAGGUAUCUUUUUUUCCUUUUCUUUUUACAAUAUGAUAGCUUCUUUUUGGAAAUAUGGUGUAUUAGGGCGGUGACGAUUAUUUUUGCCCCAUUUAUAUAUGAAAGGAGAUGGGUUUCUUAUCAUGUAUGAAAGGGCAUAUGCUUUUGCUUUUUGUUUCUUGUUAGCCUGCAUUGGGACAGGAAAAUUCUCGCUUUUUACACUUUGGGAGCUCCCAGCGUUGGGUGAAGAUGGGGAAAUGGUAUGGGACAUAUCAGCGGCGGAGUUGGGUGGCUAUAGUGACAUCUCUUUUGGUAGCCCAGUGUUAUCAAUAUACAGGAUCAUGUGAAGAAGAAUUAAAUGUCUGGGACCGAACUAUAACUUGAGUGAUUGUAAAGAUUGUAAAGUAUGAUGAUGUAUUCCUCCAAGUAUUGUAUUCUCAUGUAUCUAAAUAUGACCGUUCAGGUUUCACGCCCGUGAGUGUUUUUUUAAAGUACUGUACUCUCCUUCCCAUAGGCUGCUAUAUGCAAAAAUCGUUCUAUGAAAAUAACGCCCAUCCUCCAAACUCGCCAUUAUAAAAACGACCCCUUUUGAAACCUCCCCCCAAAAUUGGCACUCUUAUUAAUCAGCUCCUUCCUCUGCGUCGCCGUGAUCCUGCCCCCAACCGCCAUAUCCUUCUCCCUAUCAAACGCCCUCUUGCUCGGAUCAUCCUCUUCCUCCUCCGGCCUCACCACCGCCCCAGCCUUCUUCUUCCCGCCCUGAUGUUCCUCAAGCAGCGUCCUCCCGCG